CGCAAUAUUUGCUGCCUCUAUCCACAUCUUCUUAAACUGGGAAAUAGUGCAAACAGUGUUUUGCGAGAUGAUGGACAUGCGCAAAAUAUGUCGCACUCGAGCGUCAUCCCAAAUGCACAAGCGGGUAUAUAUUCGCAGUAUCGAACGUACACUCAUCCCCUACGGGGGGCUGCGCAAAAUCUUCAGUGAACAUGCGAUACCGCCUCUUAAAUUAUAUCUGCAAGAUACAGACGAUCGGAUUCCAGCACCGCCGAGCCCCUGGGGCUCAAACCAUGAUCCAUUCCAACCGGUGGACACGGCAUUCUUUCAAGCGGUUACAGUUCCAUGGAAGAGCCUCUUCAUUUCUCAAUUUAUCGAUUAUGCCCAAAACAGGAUGCUCGCGGGCUUACCACACCCUCUGAUCUUUACCUCGCCUGCUACAGAAUAUGAGGCGUGGAAGAUGGAUAAGGAGUAUAAGGAUAUAAAGGAUGCUAAAAAAAUCCUUCAACGGUCUAUACAAAAUAUGGAAAACAGGGGUUCCCCGACAAGAUGUACUUGCGAGAUUAGACAGCGAGCUCUGCGCCUUCGCUCUCGCGGCUACGGAUCUGGACUUAGAGAGGUCAUUUCUGUUGAUGAAGUGUGGCCACACGAAGGCUGGGCAAGUCUGGUCUUUUCACCGGAGGCUUCUUACGAUGCCAGAAUGGAGAUCAAAAUGAGAAACAGGUCCUUCCUCCUUGGCAAUGAUCCUACUGAUCGCUCUGGCAUUGUUCCUCGCUCGCGGGUUGCGAGAAUGUCGGGAGGAAAUUAG